CGAUCCUUCCUUUCCGGGUUGCCUAGGCACCAUGUCGCACAGGAAGUUCGAACACCCCAGGAGCGGCUCCCUGGGCUUCAGCCCCAGGAAGCGGUGCCGGCGCGGUAAGGGCAAGGUCAAGUCCUUCCCCCGCGAUGACGCCUCCAAGCCGGUGCACCUGACUGCCUUCAUGGGCUUCAAGGCCGGCAUGACGCACAUCGUGCGUGAGGUGGAGAAGCCCGGCUCCAAGCUGCACAAGAAGGAGACCUGCGAGCCUGUCACCAUCAUCGAGUGCCCGCCCAUGGUCGUGGUCGGCGUGGUUGGCUACGUCCAGACCCCCCGUGGUCUGCGCACGCUGAACGCCGUGUGGGCAGAGCACCUGAGCGAGGAGGUCAAGCGCAGGUUCUACAAGAACUGGUACAAGUCCAAGAAGAAGGCGUUCACCAAGUACGCCAAGAAGUACUCGGACGGCAAGAAGGCCAUCGACGCCGAGCUGGCCAGCCUGAAGAAGCACUGCUCCGUGAUCCGCGUGCUCGCGCACACCCAGGUCAAGAAGCUGAACUUCGGCCAGAAGAAGGCCCAGCUGAUGGAGAUCCAGGUGAACGGCGGCACCGUGGCGCAGAAGGUGGACUUCGCCUACAGCAUGUUUGAGAAGCAGGUGUCCGUGGACGCCGUGUUCCAGCCCAACGAGAUGAUCGACACGAUCGCCAUCACCAAGGGUCACGGAGUGCAGGGUGUGGUGCAGCGCUGGGGUGUGACCCGCCUGCCCCGCAAGACCCACCGCGGUCUGCGCAAGGUUGCUUGCAUUGGCGCGUGGCACCCUGCCCGCGUCAAGUGGACUGUGGCCCGCGCCGGUCAGCAGGGCUUCCACCACCGCACGGAGAUCAACAAGAAGGUCUACAAGAUCGGCAAGAAGGGCGAGGCCUCGCACCUGGCCACCACCGAGUUCGAUGUGACCAAGAAGGAGAUCACCCCCAUGGGCGGCUUCCCCCACUACGGUGUGGUGGGCGAGGACUACAUCAUGGUUAAGGGCGCCGUGCCCGGCACCAAGAAGCGCGCCAUCACGCUGCGCCGCUCGCUGCUGCCCCAGACCAGCCGCAACGCCCUGGAGGAGAUCAAGCUCAAGUUCAUCGACACGGCCUCCAAGUUCGGCCACGGCCGCUUCCAGACCACCGAGGAGAAGCUCAAGACCUUCGGCCGCGUCAAGGCCUAAGCCUUGCGGCGUGCGUUACGGCUUGUUCUCGUGUGAUGGGAGCUGUGGGCGGGCGAGGGAUGCGCCGGUGGGGCACCAGAUUGCACCUGUCAACCCAGCCAAGGUUGCAUUGCAGGACAUGGGGGGCUUAGGGAAUGGAGCAGCUUUGGCUGCUGCCGCCUAGCGGUCCGUUAUGCUUGCAAUGAAGGCUUUGCGGUUUUGGAGGCUUUGCUUGUUGUCACCUGUUUGCCAUCAUGGCUUUUCUGAGAGACUAUUUGCGCCAGGCAGUGAAGACUUCUUGCCUCGGAAAGCUAAUUAUGUAAGCAACCCAGACGGGCUAGCGUGAAGGCGUCUCGUUACCGUUAGUCGGCUUGUGUACGUAGCCACUUAAUCGCCC